GACCCCCGCCCGGCCUGCCACCUCGGCCGCCGACGCUGGUGUUUCGAGGAGGGGGGGUGGGGUAAGGAAAGGAAUCCUGGGGAUUUCUGCACCCCCUUUUUUUUCUUGGCCUUCGGGGCUUCAGACUCAGGGAUUUCGCCCAUGGCUUUCUUGAUGAAGAAGAAGAAAUUCAAAUUUCAAACCACUUUUACCCUGGAGGAACUGACUGCUGUCCCCUUCGUCAACGGGGUCCUCUUCUGCAAGGUCCGGCUGCUGGAUGGCGGGGAUUUUGUCAGCUUGUCGUCCAGGGAGGAGGUUCAGGAGAACUGUGUGCGCUGGCGGAAAAGGUUCACCUUCGUGUGUAAGAUGAGCGCCAACCCAGCCACUGGCCUGCUGGACCCCUGCAUCUUCCGUGUGUCCGUGCGCAAGGAGCUGAAAGGCGGGAAAGCGUAUUCCAAGCUGGGCUUUGCUGACUUGAACCUGGCCGAGUUUGCCGGCUCAGGCUCCACAGUACGCUGCUGCCUGCUGGAGGGCUAUGACACGAAGAACACCCGCCAGGACAACUCCAUCCUCAAGGUCACCAUUGGCAUGUUCCUGCUCUCCGGAGACCCCUGCUUCAAGACGCCACCAUCCACUGCCAAGUCCAUCUCCAUCCCGGGCCAGGACUCCUCGCUGCAGCUGACGUGUAAGGGUGGCGGAACCAGUGGCAAUGGCGGCAGUACCACCAACUCACUCACAGGGUCUCGGCCCUCCAAGGCUCGGCCCACCAUCCUCAGCUCAGGGGUGCCGGAGGAGCCAGACCAGAGCCUGUCCAGCCCCGAGGAGGUCUUCCACUCUGGACACUCCCGCAAUUCCAGCUAUGCCAGCCAGCAGUCCAAGAUCUCUGGUUACAGCACGGAGCACUCCCGCUCCUCCAGCCUCUCGGACCUGACACACCGCCGAAACACGUCCACCAGCAGCAGCGCCUCUGGUGGCCUCAGCAUGACCGUGGAGGGCCCCGAGGGCAGCGAGCGAGAGCACCGGCCCCCGGAGAAGCCGCCCCGGCCUCCUCGGCCCCACCUGUCAGACCGCUCCUUUCGGCGGAAGAAGGACUCAGUGGAGAGCCACCCGACCUGGGUGGAUGACACGCGCAUCGACGCCGAUGACAUCGUGGAGAAGAUCAUGCAGAGCCAGGACUUCACGGACGGCAGCAACACGGAGGACAGCAACCUGCGGCUGUUUGUGAGCCGCGACGGCUCCACCACACUGAGUGGCGUCCAGCUGGCCGACAGGGUCUCCUCCGGGGUCUACGAGCCGGUCGUGAUCGAAAGCCACUGAGGAGCAGGUGAUCCUCCUGGAGAAGAGCCUGCCAUCGUGAGCAGCCAACCUGUGUCAUUCCAUGAAGGACUGUACCCUCCAAAUCUCCAGCCAAGCCACAUCUCAUCUAUGCCUCCUCCAUGCGCUCAAGUCCCCAGAUCAUCAUUCCAUGUCCUCCCCUCCAUGCUGGACCCUCCGGGCCCACUGAGGCCCAGGCACCACUGUGAAUAUUCUCCUCUGAACCACUAGAGGGCAGAAGGCCAGGACAAAAGUAGGACUGCCAGCCCUGGAGGCCGGCAGACCCCUCAGCCAGGGAUAAGCAGUGGCUCCUAACCACAGGGCAUCCUGUGGCUGGGGCCUCUUCCCUGCAGCUCCACUCACACCUAGAGCACUGGCUGCAGCCCCCGCAGCAGGGCCUGCCUCCAUCACCCUUCCCUAGGAUCCCGCCACCCUGACCCUCUGACUGCUUCGUGCUUCAGCUAUCCCCUGCCUAUAGUCCCGGGGACCCGCUGGCGGCCUGCUCCUGGGGACAGACCCCACCCCAUCUAAUGUCCUCCUGCUGCCCUGGCAGCCUGCAUUUUGCACAAUGCUUGACCUCUGCACAGCCCCAUUGCCCCUGCCACCCCUUCCCGAGGAUGCCCGGGCCCCGCCUGCUGUGCAGUCAGAUGUCCAGGCCCAGCAGCCCGGCCGGAACAGGGUGCUGCCUCUCCUGCGUCCACUUAGGUCCCCAGCUUAGGUCUGGGACCCAUGCCUGACAAGGACUGCCUGUCCACAGGCUCCCCUCUGCCAGGGCUGGGUCCUGAGCAGCUGGGUCUCCUGGCGGGAAGGCAGGGCAGAUGGGGGCCUGGCUCCGCUCAGCUGGGCUUGGCAAGCAGGGGCCCCUUUCUAUGCCCCAGGGUCAACUGGCCCAGGCUGGGGGUGCUGGGGGAGGCAGGGAGGCCGAGUGGGCUGGCCUGGAGCUGGCUUCCAGGCCAGGAACACACAACCCCCCUCUGGAACGGCCCACCCCACUGGCAAAGGCAGCAAUGGAGCCUGGGAGAGGUGCUGCUCACCUUACUGAAGCUCUGUUCUCAGCACUUUCCCCACCCCACCCCAGCCUCGGUAUUGCUUAAAUGUGGAUUCUGGCUGCAGCCAGGACCUGGACCCCCACACUCCCACCCUUCUUUGAAAUGACUUUCAUUUUGUAUAAACCCAGCGGGCUGGUGUUUGUUUAGUUCCAAAGUUUUCUUUUUAAUUCUUUUCUUCGUCUCUAUUUUUUUCUCUCUUUUUGAGUUCACAGUUUGGUUUUUUUCUCCUUCCCCUGCAGGGAGGGGUAGGAGAUCCUGUGUUCUGCUCUGCUUGCUGGCCGGGCUCCAGCAGGGCUGGGCAUCUGAAUGCGGGGAGGGGGUCAAGGAUACUGAUUAUUUGGUGUGGGCAGGUAGGGGCCCUCCCCAGGCUGGGAGGGCACCUUGCCCCGUUUCCCAUGUGCCCCUGCUGGCAAACGUUGGGGUUCUUGGUCCGAGAACCCAUCGGCGUUGGGGCCAAAGCAUUUCUGGAUUUGGUUUGGUUUUUACACUUUCAAAUCCCCUAGGUCUUUUUGUAGAAAAUGAAUGUUAGAAGGUGCCUGCUCCAGCAGGGCGGAGCUCUGGUCAGCUCUGAGGGUCCCUUCCUGCUCCUCGGAUGCCUGGCACUUAAAAAAAAAGGCUGAUAGCACUGUCUCCAAAUGGGGUGCCCCCCUCCAAAGGUUGGGGGGUGUUGUCCUUUCUUUCUGUGUGUAUGACCUCAGCCCAGUGGGCAGUGGGGGGCAAGGGGGGCGUUAUAUUCAGGGUGGUGGUUCUCAUCUGGUUCAAAGUUCUGGGGCUUCAGGUACAGAACUGCCGGCCUUGGCGCUAUUGGGACACUCCCUCAAAGCCAGGACCCCAGCCCUACCUAAGGCCAGGUCUGAGCUCAGCAGUCAACCCAGAAAGAGACGGAGCCAGCCUCACUUCUUGUGCCAGGUCCUGGGCAGGAGAAUUGAACUAACUGAGAAUUGGCUCACAACCAAAUUAACAUUGUCUAGAGCCAGAGGCCAGGUGCCUGGGCCUCAGCCCUUUGGCCCCCCUCAGGCUCAGUGAAUCCCCACCAGGCACCCGCAGCUCCUAGACUUCAAAUUCUAUAUAGAGAGAUAUAUUAUAGAUAUUUUUGGAAAUGAAUCAGUCUAUGCAAAACCAGUUUGGAAUGAUCUUGAAAGACAGUUUAACAUUUUUACAAAAAGAUUUAAGGAAAAUUAAAAGUCUGAACUAUUUUUAGAGUUGUUUUUUUUUUUCUUGGUUACCCCACAAACUGACUACAUGGUCUGAUCUACCAGAAUGGAAAAUGUCCAUUAUUUUCCUCUUUCCAGUGGGGGUUAACAGAGAGAUAAGGGGGAGGGGAUAUUUUGGUUUUUUAAUUCCUCUCCUUUCUAACAGAAUGCUGCCACCACCGCCCCCAGAUUCAGCAGACUGUGCAUCUCUGUCCCAGCUUCUAGCGUAGAAAAUAACUGUAAGGGGAAAUCAGUCUAGUGUCAAUGUCUUGGUUUGGGGAUUAAAAAAAAUAAAUGUUGCAGUUUUUGUUUUGGUA